CUAGGACUCUAAAGUAUUUUCCAAAUCUCAGGGUCCCACUCUCAGAUGUGCUGACUUUUUUUUUUCCUCUUGUCUUAAUUCUUUGCAUUUUAAAUUUAAUUUAAUUUUUCUCAUUCUAUAUAUAAAUCCCCGCAGAUUCAUCACUCUUCACCUAGACUCUACACAGUUUCUCGCUUAUUGACGAUUAAAUCUCAAUCCAACGGUUGAGAUUCUUUUCUGUUAAAGUAACGGUUAAGAUUCCAUCUCAUACAUACUUCACAUAAUUCAAAGGACACGUGGCGAGGCGAGGGAUGAAAGAAAGUAGCCGGAAGCAAGGAGCGGCGUCACCGUGUGCGGCGUGCAAGCUUUUACGGCGGCGGUGCGCUCAGGAUUGUGUUUUUUCGCCGUAUUUUCCGGCGGAUGAGCCUCAGAAAUUCGCUAAUGUUCAUAGAGUCUUCGGAGCUAGCAACGUCAACAAGAUGCUUCAGGAGUUACCAAUCCACCAGCGUGGAGACGCGGUCAGUAGCUUGGUCUAUGAAGCUAAUGCAAGAGUGAGGGAUCCGGUUUACGGUUGCGUAGGGGCAAUUUCGUCUCUUCAGCAACAAAUCGAUGUGUUACAAGCCCAACUAGCUCUGGCUCAAGCAGAAGUGGUGCACCUGCGUGUGCGCCAUUCGACUAAUUUCCCGAGCCAUGGAUUGUGCCCGGAUAGUCCGGGUAGCAGCGGGUCACCAUCGUCGAAGCAAGUGAGUCCACAAGACAACAAGGACAUGUUUAGCCAUAUGGACAUGGUGGAUGAAGUGAGUUUGGGAGAGUCUAUGUGGUCUUGUUAGUGAAUGUUAUCUUUUUGUUUUUCUCAAUGCGUCUACUCCUCUUUUUCUUUUUUUUUUCUUAAGAAAAUUUCGGGAUUAUAUAAUUAAAUCAGGGGUAGGAAAUGAAAAUACUCUGUUUUGACCACAGAGUGAAACUAUUAACAUGAUAUAUACACAUAUAUAUAUAUUAUACUAAGGAUAUUUUUAUAUUUUAUAAACCUAUUUAUAUAAGUGAUUUUGUUUUUAUGUAUUUCGGGGUAUUUGGGUUUUGGUGUACGUGUAGGACUUUGGACCAGGAUCCACGAGGGUCAUUUCCAGAGGAAGAUCAGAGAACUUUGUUAUUGACCUAAUGUAAACUUGUGAAAUAUAAAAUUAUCCUGUAAGACUUCAUCUUUGAGAGCAUUAUUGAUUGGUGAAAUGUUGGGUUUGGUACUGUUGGCUAAGUCCAGCUUAGCAGUUAGC